AGCAAACCCGCCCGUACUCCGAACCUCACCUCUACUCUCAAUUCGAUAUUCCAGUCCAAUUCCGACAACAAUGGCUGGAGGCUCCGAAAACACAGGCGCUCGCGUCAAACACGGCUACCACAUCGGCGAAUGGGGCAACCCCUACGAAGGCGGUGGCCAAAAAGGCAAAGGCACCAUCACGUAUGCCAUGAGCGCGAACCGACAACGACCGAUGGCUGGUGUGCUGUCGAAGGGCCCGUGGAACAUGUUUAGACGGACGAGGAAACAGAUUCUUUAUGUGCUGCCACCGUUUGUGGCGGCUUAUGCGGCGAUGCAUUGGGCCGUUGAGAGGAAUGAGUAUUUGAACUCAAAACCCGGGCGCGCGGAGUUCGCCGAUAGCGAGGAAUAGAUGGGAUACCCGUCCGGAAUAUGGAGAGAUGUUGGGGAUCUCUGGUCUGGAGGAGAAUUCAGGGUCCAGCGGGUGUCAACUGGGCGAGGUGUGUUAUCGAUUAGAGCGUAGAUCUUCCGCCCUGGCCGAGGUCUUUUCAACAACGGAACAGAUGUCCACGAUACCUGCAUUCGAACCUCGUGGAGAAGAUAAUUAGACCUUUUCACUUUCG